AUGAGCCGUGCAGGAGUCAGGACUGAUCAGAAUGAUGACGAAAAUAGGAAUGAGCAUAGGGCCAUCUAUUUGCAUGCUUUCUCAGAUUUAUCUCACGUCUCACCUGCAACAUUUGUGUACCUUUUGAAGGAAUCCUAUGUAUGUGGUAAGACAUUCGAUCUACUUUAUUUUAGCUAUUGAACUAAUUCAUGAACUCCCCUAUAUUCUGUUUUGGCCGUUUCAGUUUAUCACCUUUUUAGGGAUGCUACUUGUAUAAGGUUUUCACAUGUAAGUGUGUAUGUGAUGGAAAUACUAUUAUCCCGCGUGUUAAUCCUCAUAAUUUUACUAAUCCUCACAAUUCUAGUUAGAUGUCCUCCAUCUUCCCCACUUGUUCCAUGCCUCUCGCCUUAAUUGAUCAAAAUUCCCUGGGAGGCGGGGAAGUAUUUCGCACAUAUUUCGUUUUAUUACAUAUCCAUUGCUAUGACUGAGAUGACUCAAAACAUAGAUCUCUUGCAUACCUUUUGACCGAGUUUUUUGAGUAUGGAGAGUUCAUUAGUCCAAAACAAUUGGUGUGGCCCAGCGUUGUCUUUCCAAGCAAAGAAAUUUUCAUUAAUGAUUGUAAGUGCGGUUAAUGUAUACCGCUCAGGAUGCUUUCAGUCCCAAAUUUUUCCUCUUUAAUAUUUUUCAUAACUUUAUUGCUUGUUACGUACCAAAAAGAUUAUAGCAUAUUUGAAAGGCAUUCUUUCCUUCCUGGCCUUCUCCCUUGAAGCCUUGGGCAUCAUAUCAUCUAGUAAGGAAGCACUCCAGUUCUCUCUCUUUGAACAGUCUGGAAUUAACGGCAUCUACGACUCUCUUCUCCAAGGGAAUUUCAUAGGAAUUUCCUUUAAUUCUCUUCCGUUUACCCAUUUGUCCCUCAAUCCUUUUCCUAUUAGUCUUUACUUUCAAUGUUUCUUUGCGUUAUUUAUCUUUUUCAGUAAGCAAGCACCUUUGCUUCUUCCAAUGUAGACAAAUUCAUCAAUCCGGUAGGGUGAUCUGCUGUUUACUUCCUUCUCUGGGAGUAAUGUAUUGUGCCUCCGGAUUGAGCUAGUUCUUGCCUCAGGCUAUUCAGUUUUGUUGUUACUCUAGCCAUCAGUAGCUCACCCUCGGCACAACAUUUUUUGUCUGCCCGAUUGAUCCCCACCGUGCCUUCCUACCCCUUGAUUUGCUUUCUCUUGUUAAAGAAUCUUGAAGAACCUCAUUACUCGCUUGUUCCCUUACUCUCCUUCCUCAUUCUUCCCCAAACCCUUCUGUCAUCACAAUAAAAUGCUGUCGUCUCUCUCAUCCCAAACCCUCCACCCCCUCCCCCCCCUCCCCUCCCCGCCCCCCGGAUCAAUGCGGAUGCGAAGUCUUCCCAGACAUAUUUUACUGAAGAGGCUGCCAAAAGGCGUUGCAGAAACUCUUGACCGCCAUUUCUAUCAGAUUUUCUGGAUUUCUUUACCUGAUCCUACCAUUACCAUUCACCAUAUACAGCUGGUUUGCCAUUGUGGAGUUCUAGCAGCAUCCUUGUGGUUGCAAGUCAAUUCCUCUCCCCCUCUCAGUGCAUAUUUCCUUUUUUGAGCACUGCCUACCAGAUACUCACCUUGACAGCAUAAAACAAUUCUCUACAAAUGGAAGUUACAUUCCAAUGGGAGUUUUUUCACAUCCUUUGAACUAUUAGAAAACUUGAGGAAUUGUGGACGAAAAAUCAGAUACUUUAGGAUUGCAAAAGGGUAAGGGAAAAACGUCACUAUAAGGGCACCAAGGGAUAGCUAUUGAGUUAACACAUGCAUGUGUAGGUAUUUUCUUUUGUGUCUACCUUUUGGUCCCAGUCUAACAGCCCUGAGAAAGAACAAAUGCAUAGAUGCAACCUGGUAGAAAAUAGUUUAGGGUAGCUUAGCCUGGACGUGGCAGUAAGUUCCUAUCUCUUGGGAGAGAAUCCUAGAUGCAAGCUGGGUUGUCUACAACUGAGAUAUAUAUUAUUUAAAAAAAUGUAUUCUAUUUUUAUAUAAACGGUUGUUUUACUAAAUCUAUAUUUAGCGUUGUUUUCACGGUACAGAUGAUGCAUGGACCUCGAAUGAAGAAUAGCUAAUUUUCCCGCCUUUGAAAUAGAAUCAAGAGAUGCAGGAAACCUAGGAGAAAACACCUAGUCUAACUGGUUUUGUUUUCACAUGUGACAUUAUAUCAUUGCUUGGUUUGAAUUCAUUGAUUUAGUUUUAUAGUAUGAUCAACUGGUUCAGAACAAAUACAUCUGUCUCGUGCGGAAUUGUAAGCUGCUUCGCAGUUCUUUCCAGUUCUUUGAAUAAUAAAUUAAUAGAUAGUUCCCUCCUGAAGUUUAACGUCCUUAAAAUUUUGAGGCAUUUUCGAAAAUAAUUGAAAUACAAAUGCAGUGGGAAAAAUAGAAAAAGAUAAACGUUUAUUGUACACUUUGAAAAUCAGAAAUCUGGAAAUGAUUUGGGAAUACUUGCGUCCACAGUAUAAAAAAAUAUGAAGAAAAGAUGGCCGAAAAAAGCCUGGAAAGUUAAUUCUGCAGCUUAGUUGGACACAAUGCUUGCUUCAGUGCGUGGAUGUUCCAUGUCAGAGGCAGUCCGGAGCUGAAUGGUGUGUGGCAUACUGCUGUUGCUUUGCGCCCCCAGGGUUUAACCAAUGAGGUGUGAUUGUGUAUUGUCGUUUAGCCAAUUCACAUAACAAAGUGAUCAUAUUGCCAUUGCUUUGCCCCCCUCAGAGUUUACACUACUAUACUGCGAUCUUGUCAUGUCAAAGUCCAAUCUAAUGACAAAGUCAUCUCUGCAGACACGUGCGUUCUAUUUCUUUCAGAUAUUAGGCAUCGGUCUUAGGUUUAUACGGGUAGUCCUAUCCUUUAAGUUGAGGUAUUUCAUGGCAUGCAAAGCGGGAUAGAUGGAUUUUUUGUCAAACAAAUAGUUGGUUGGAUACCGUAUUAUCAGCUGGCAUAUAGAUUUAUCCAAAUAGUCAAGGACAUGGGCUCAUAAAUCAGUUAUGAUGAUAACGACAUGAGGCAUUUCUUGUUGAAAACAUUGUCCUUUUGACAAAGCGGACUGAUUUCAUGAUGAUGAUGAUCAUUCAAUCAGGAAAAUGUGCGCUGUUGCUGCUUCCUCUUGUGCGUGUGACAGAAGAUGUGUUCUCGUGUAGGAAAUGGUCUUGCUGGUGUCAACAAUAUAAUAUGAUGAUACGUCAAGAUUAAUCUGCGACUUCUAUUUCAAAUGGCCAAUGUAGGCGUUAUGUAUGCCCAUUAAAAAUUCCGAAUCCUGAGAGAGGAGUCCUUGUUUACCAUGAUCUUCAACAUGAACCUUGUGUGUUGACCUGCAAUACCACGUGACCAAUGAGGGUGAGUACUUUUAGAGAUCCUGCCAACAAAGUAGAAUCUGGAUGCAUUUCAACAGCGCUUCUUGAUUUGUUAUUGGUCAAUGCCAUUAUCCUUUUGGGAUCAAAUUGAAUUUUCCUAUCAUGACAAGUUCACAAAUCUGUUAUGCUCUCUGCCAUCACAUGAUCUACCGCUUGAAAAGCAUGGGAACAUUUCUUACAUGGCACUUGUCGUUUGUUAAGGAGCCAUUGCAUUCUCCAGAGUUGAAUGUCUGUUCUACGCAUCCAUUUUUAAUGCGCAUUAUUUAUUCACUGUUUUUAACGGGGGCUAACUUACUGAAGAUCCAAUUAGGCACAGUUAAGGCAACUCUGAAAUUUCGAGUUCUUCAACAACAUGUUCUUCAAGCAUUGCGUAAUUCACCCCAAUCAGGACCAGCUAUUUUCGUCAUUCAUUGCCUUUACAUUUUGCCAUUUUUGGGACCUCCGUACACUGAAGGGUUCAGCCAUUUAUUGAUUUCUUCCCUUCGCCGGUUGAAAACUAUGGACAAGAUACAAACAGAUACUUCUGAUGCAAAGCGCCUCGCUGCUCAGCUGUUUCUUGACAUCCUGUCUGGCCCUGUCACUCAUGAGGAGGGGAUACUUUUGAAGGUGCUUGAAGUUUUUAAUAUCGAGUUAAAAGACAUUGCAGAAGCCAUGUAUGGCUCAGAGUUAAAUGAUGUUUGCUUAGAGAUGGCAAAGUCGCAAAUCGGAAAUUAUGUAACUAGCUUUGUAGAAUCCCAAUCCUAUAUGACUGCUGUAACCCUCUUGGAACGUUUUUCGGUUUAUCAGUCUGGCUUUUCUUCUGAGUCCUUUCUUGAUAGACUGAUGCAAGAAAAUCAGUUUAGUGCUGCGGAGAAAUGGGCUACUCUUAUGGGUAAAUCAAUUACCUGUGUACUUGUCCAGAAGUAUGUGGAUAUGAAAAUGAUAAAGCAGGCAUAUAUUAUGAUUAAGAAAAAUGAUCUCAGGCAAGAGUUUCCAGAUGUUCAUCAUUUGUAUAAACAAAGGUAACUGCAGAGCAGUCUUUUUAUCAUCAUUGAUCUGUAGUUUUCAUGAGCACAUUGAUCUGGCUAAACUGUUCACAAAAAAAUCGUACGUGUACAGCUCUUUGAAGAAGCUAGCUGAAAAAGGUUGCUGGGACGUUGCUGAGAUUAAGACUAACAAUGAGAGGCAACUUCUAGAAUACCUGGUAAAAUCUUAGUCAUCAUUUUUUUUUUCAAAUUUGUUGGUUCUUUGUUUUUUAUAAGGUAUAAAAAACUGUCAACUAUUUCCUAUGACAUUCGAGUGUUGGGACUUUAUAGACUACAUCUUUCAUCGUCCUUUUUAUGUGGAGUUUUCAUAUAUACUCCUUUGCUUGCUUAUGAAGUAAUGGAACUGAUAAGUCUUUAUUAGCCGCUUAUAUCUUUUCUUUCUAUGAAGGCACAUUUGGCUAUGGAAUCUGGUUACUUCGAGAAAGUGGAUGAAUUAUGUGAGCGCCACUCACUCAGUUUUUUCAUUAGAGAGACAGGUCUGCGCAUCAGUUUUUCUCCAUUCCCCAUGAAAAUUAAUUCUUAUUUUGGAUGUUUGCAUCAAUUUUUCUCCAUUCUUCAAUUUUGCACAUAAUGAUUCGAGAGAAAAAAAUUCAGUUGGUAAUUGUUGCGAGACUUACAAUCAUCAUUUAAUUCUGGGAACACUUGAUAUGCUGGGACUCACGUGGUGUAUACAGCGAGACACUGAUAACUUUGUGGCUACUGUUGGCUGCUGAGUAGAUGUUGGUGUCUUAUUUGCACAGCCCUCCCUUGUACGUUUGCAUCAUAUCUGAGGCCAAUAUCUGUAUACAGAGAUUUUGGAAAUUAUUCUCAGUUGAAGUAUGACUUUAUAGUCUGUUAUCCGUCUUAAGCGGCUAUAUUCCUGAAAAUAAAUUAUUUUCUUUUGGGAUCUUUACAUUUGAGGUAAAUUCAUGGGUUGAUUUUAUAUUUUUAUUCUCAUGGGCACGCAUCUACAUGAGCAGUGCCUGUAGCAGGUCCUCUGAAGUCUCGCUAUUUGGAUGUUAAGGAGUUUAUUUUGGAUGGCAUUUCAUGGGUGGAUGAUAUUGAAGGGCUACAUGGUGCCACAAGCCAUAUCAAGGAUUGUAGAGUUGUUGGCAUAGACUGCGAAUGGAAACCAAAUUAUGAAAAGGGAAGCAAGCCAAGCAAGGUAAUCCUUAACCUUAAUGUUCAUGAUAUUGGUUUGCACGUAUGAUGCAUCAAUUUUUUUCUUUCGUAAUGUGUUCGAGCCGUUCUUUUGUAGAAAAUGGAGACAUGUACUUCUUGUACAAGCUGUAUUUUUUUUUGUAAGGAUAUGAUGCGCAACUCAAAGAUUAUAAAGAUUUACAACAGGGAAACCUUUUGAAUGCCUAAGAUACAAUAAAUCACCAGCUUUUAUUUGCAUAGUAGAAUAAAUAACGGUUUGGGAAUGUGCACAGAUCCAAUAGCCCUGCUGGUUUUCAUGCCAAAUUAGAUAAAGAAAAUAUAUGGUGAAGUCCACCUGAUAAAUUCAUCUCAAUACUUCGCCAGUAGUUUCUCUCUCUUUCUCUCUCUCUCUCUCUCUCUCUCUCUCUCUCUCUCUCUCUCUCUCUCUCUCUCUCUCUCUCUCUCUCUCUCUCUCUCUCUCUCUCUCUUUCUCUCUCUCUCGCUCUCUUUCUCUUUUCCUCUCUUAAAUGAUGUUUACAUAACAUAUUUCCUUUUAAGGUUGUAAAAUGUCUUCCUCUUGCCCAUGCCAUAUUGCAAAAGGAAUGUUGUUCUCUACAAAGUUGCACGAUAAUAAACCUCAAUAUUACUCGUAUGUAUAAAAAUACAUUUAGACAUCGGGAGGAAAACAUAUUUUCGCUUUCCUGUCGACUGGCUACUUAAAGUCUGCUGUGAUGCAGGUCUCUAUCAUGCAGAUUGCUUCUGGGAAGAGAGUUUUUAUUUUUGAUUUGUUAAAGCUGUAUGAAGGUGAGAUGAAGGAGCUAGACGAGUGUUUGAAAGCUGUAUUUCAUUCCCCAGAAAUUCUAAAGCUUGGUAUGUCACAAUCAGAAUUUUUUUCCGGGACCGUAUGCCUAAAUAUAUUUACAGACAAGUAUAUCAUGUCUCUACUAGGAACGAUGAUGCAUGAUUUAAUUAUUUCUGUCCUAUGUAAUGUAGGUUAUAACUUUCAAUCUGAUAUUCGUCAACUGUCGCAUUCUUAUGGAGACCUGGAGUGCUUCAGGUCAUAUGAAAUGGUACUUGACAUUCAAAAGCUAUUCAAAGAGCCUCAUGGUGGUCUUUCCGGGGUAGCUGAGGUACUUAGAAUACAGUGACAUCCAGAUUUAGCUUCUCUUCUUUUACAUCUUUAUAAAGAUUUUAUGUUUAGUCUAUUUACGGAGUUAACCUCCUGGAUUAAUUUAUUUCAACAGAAAAUUUUAGGGGCUGCCUUAAACAAGACAAGACGAAACAGCAACUGGGAACAACGACCAUUGAGUCAGAAUCAAGUACGUGAUUCUCUUAUCAUUUUGGAAUACAUUAUCCUAUUUUAUCCUUCUUUUAACGGUGUAAAAGUUCUUGUAAAUGAUUAUAUAUGUAAAUACAUAGUUCCUAUGGAUGUAAAAUGCAUCGCUUUAGUCUGGCUAUGGAUGUACAUGAUUAUAUAUGUCUGGCUUCGGAAUUGACUCAGAUUUUAUGAUUCUCCCUGGGAAUGAAAGCUUUAUUGAUUACAUUUAUUUGACAGCCAAGUUGAUGGAAAAUUACAUAGACAAAAAAUUACAUGCAAAUUUCUGUUACAAAAACCCAAUGCUUCAGAAUUUCUGUUCUGAUAACAUGCAGGUGGAAUAUGCGGCCCUUGAUGCUGCUGUCCUCGUUCAUAUAUUCCAUCAUGUCCGUUCUCAGCAACAUUUAACGGAUGCUAAAGACAUGAAGCACGAGGGUGACUGGAGAUCUCACGUCGUUAGUAUUUCACUACAUUGUAUAUACCCCAGAUCUUUGCUUUACUUCUUUUACUGAUCAAUAAACAUGCAGGUUUCUCAGAAAUGCAAGACAAGGAGCCGUAAGAAGCCUCCCAAAAUUCUGGAUGAUGUUGGAGGUGAUCCCAAAAGUUGA